GACAUUUCAUGUCCAUGUUUCAGCAACCGGGAGGAUUUUCACCUUUCAUCCGGGAUUGUACCCACAAUCCUCGCCUCAAACUAACGUCAUUCGCCCGAUCGUCCCGACAAACCUAAUCGGGGAGAUGGAUAAAGCAGGUCCAUCCCGGUCCAGAAGGAGCCGGUCCCGCAGGUCUCAGACAAAGGUGACCUCAGAUGGGGAUGUGCGUUCAGUCCAUAGCAAGGAUGAGGACUGGGACGUUCCCCAAGCACUCAAGAAGUUGAAGGGAAAAGCUGUCCAACCUGAAGGGUCCAAGAAGUCGGCCUUUCAGAGACUUGGCCAUGAUGGCCGAAAUCAGAACCGGUCAGCAAAAGAGCGGCUUGGGGUAGAAACCAUCCCAGCUAGUACCUUUAAUCGUGCAGGGAGAGGAGCCGGACGACCUGAACAACCUCGGGAUCGUGUGGGCCGGGUCGAGGCACGUCUGGAGAAACUACAACGCCGGGUAGACCGGGAAGAAAAGAAGAAGAUCCUGCUGAACGAAUCUCCGUUCACAGACCGGGUUCAUGAAACCCCAUUUCCAAAGAAGGCAAAACUCGAGGUCCCGAAGUUCACCGGGAAGGAGGACCCGGAAAUUCACGUCAAAACCCUCCAUCAGAGCGGGCGGAUGAUGGGUCUUUCCGGGGAUGAGAAAUGUUUGCUUUUCUUUCAAACCCUUCGCGGCCGCGCCGCUGAGUGGUUUCAUAACUUACCGGCCGGUGAAAUCGACUCUUUCGAUGAACUGGCUGAGGUGUUUCAAGAAAAGUUCAAAGAAAACUGUACAGAGAGGAAAAAAUUUACCUACUUGAGUACAGCCGGGCAACGAGAGCACGAGGAUCUGACAAAAUUCCUUACCCGGUGGAAGGAUGAAGUUGACAAGGUGGAGGAGAUGGACGACAAAACAGUCAUGUCCCUCCUUGUGUCUGGGCUCCGAUCCGGAGAGUUGUAUAAGGAAUUCUGGAGAAGGCCUCCCCAGUCCUACCAAGAGGCCUACAACACAGCCUGGGAUUAUGCUGACGCUGAAGCACAGAUGAUUGAGGCCGGUGAGAUUGAUCCGGAAUAUUUGGCUCAGGCCAAGCAAAAGAAGAACCAGUGGGUCAGACCUGAAGGACAACCGGCCGAGCAAAACAAAAAGAAGAAAACAGUCGGUAAGGAGCACUUGCAAGUCAUCUACGGCGGACCAAAAGGGGGAGACUCUGCUUCCCAAAGAAAGAAGUGGGGACGAGAACUCUACGUUGGUACGGUGGCCCUAAAUCCCCGGUCGAAACAAGAGAGGGAUACGGAGGAACCGGCAGACAUUGAUGAAGCUGCCCAACAAACGGUGACCAUUGGGGGCCAGCUGCCCGGGCAUGAUCCCGUAUGUCUCAAGGAAAAGGACUUUGAAUGGGUGAAUAGAGAACUCACCCAAGUCCUUGAUCGAAUGGUAAUGGAUACCAAUCGACGUGCCGGCAUGGAGAGGUAUAAUGCUCUUCCACGUUGCCCGGUAGGUGAUGGUGAUCUUUUGAUUGGUAGAUCAUCGCCCAUUGACAGGAUAAUGGAUAAUAUGCAACUCAAUAUGCAUGAUGAGGUUAUGAUGAGCGGGACUUCGUUUCUCGACUUAUUGAGGGAUGAUGAAGUAGAAGAAAAUCCAAAUGACGAGUGUCGUCAAAAUAUCAAUGAUGUCAUCACCUCUGUAGUUGAAGCCGGAGGCUAUGAUCAACUCCCUUUUAUUGAAAAGGAUUGUAGAAAUUAUGUGGAGCAAGUUCGUCGGUCUAAGAUCAGUGCGGGGGAUGCGAUGGCAAUUCAAGGAUUUUUUAACAAAAUGCAAGCGAAAAGUGAUGGGUUCUUCUACAACAUUGAUCUUGAUGAGGAGUCAAGAUUACAAAAUUUAUUUUGGGCUGAUAAACGAUCUCGCGCUGCAUAUAAGUACUUCGGCGAUGUUGUCACUUUUGAUACAACUUACUUGACAAACAAGUACGACUUGCCCUUUGCCCCAUUUGUUGGUGUCAACCACCAUGGGCAGUCUGUUCUCCUCGGGUGUGGUUUAGUAGGUUACGAAGACUCAACGUCUUUUGUAUGGCUUUUCAAAACAUGGUUGGAAUGUAUGGGGGGUAUUCCGCCACGUGGAAUAAUUACUGACCAAUGCCAAGCUAUGCAAAAGGCAAUUGCUAAUGUAUUUCCAAGCACCAAACACCGUUGGUGCUUGUGGCAUAUUAUGAAGAAAGCACCUGAGAAGUUUUCAGGAUCCCUAGCUAAAGAUAUGAUACUUUCUAAGUUGAAUGCUCUUGUUUACGAUACCUAUGACAUUGCCGAGUUUGAGUUGGGUUGGCAAGACAUGAUUAAGUGUUGUGGACUGCAAAACAAUGAUUGGCUAAGAGGUAUGUCAACAACACAAAGGAGUGAAAGCAUGAACUCCUUUUUUGAUGGAUAUGUUCAUUCAAAGACAUCUUUGUCGCAAUUUGUGGAACAGUAUGAGCGAGCUUUGCGAAAAAGGGUGGAAGAUGAGUUCCAUGCAGAUGCCCAGUCAUUUGGAAAAAGUAUUCCUCUAGUGACAACCUUUCUUAUGGAGAAACAAGUUCAAGAGGUGUAUACGAUGUCUAAGUUCAAAGAAUUCCAUGCCGAAUUAACUGGUAAAAUGUAUUGUGACAUCGUUAGGGAGGAAGAAGGAUGCACAUACAUAGUGGAUGAGGAGUUUUCUAAAAAUGGAAUUGAUAUUCGAAAGAGAUUUAAGGUAUCAUUUGAUAAGAAGACCGACAUAGCAACAUGCAAUUGUCACUUAUUUGAGUUCAGAGGAAUUGUAUGUCGCCAUUGUGUUUCUAUUCUCAUUCGUAAUGGGAUAAAAUUUUUACCAGAAGCAUACAUCUUGGACAGAUGGCGCCGCGAUGUCCAAAGGACUUACACAAGAGUGAAGAUGGAGUACGAUGGUUUAAUUUGCACUGACGCACAAAGGCGAUUUGAUAUGUUGUGUAACAAGUUUCAGGAAUUGGCAAACAGACUUGCAGAUGAUGAAGAAUGUACAAAGAAGUGGAUUGACUUGAUCGAAGGGGAAUUACAACAAAAGAUUUGCCCACCCUCUAAAGGAGUACGAAGAGAUACUUUGAAUACCGACGAGGUAGAACAAGUGAUAAACAUCAAAGACCCAAAAUCCUCAAAACGGAAAGGCGCUCCGCGAAAGAAUCGAUUGAAGUCCACAUUCGAGAAAAAGAGUCGAAAGCGAAAAGCGAAUAACAAAGCCUUUGGGGAGCCAGGAAUGAGUGUACGUGUCCAAGAGGAGGAUUUGCGCCAUGCACAACAACAAUAUAGAUGGCCUGCACAAGGUGAAGAUGGUAUUUUUGACCUCACUGGGAGAAGAGAGAGGCAAGCCGAGGAGUUGUCUGAUGAUGCCACAAGGAAGAAGAAACCUAGAGUAACGGGGGAUGUAGAAGGCGAGAGGGCAAAAUCUGUGAGAAAUACGAAGAAACCCCAGAGUGAUAGGGAAAAGGGCAAAAAUGAGGCCUUAAAGUGUGUCCCAAAGGAUUCCUUUUCCAAAAGAGAUGGAAAAUCACUGGAGAAGAUAAAACUACCAGGGGGAGAAGGGUGGAAGGAUGGUUGUUCAGAGGGUGGCAGGUUGAUUCCACAAGACGGUGCAGCAGGAAAGAAGAGGUCAUUGUCACAUGAGGUGAAGAAAAUGGGGCAACAAAGUGAGAAUGUUGUAUCUCCCGAUGCCCUAGGGAAGAAAGAUGAUGUGGUUCCACUAAAAUCAUCUGGAAAGAGUAUCAGAGCCGGACAUAUGUCAGACAUAAAAGAUAAAAAGUCGGAAGAGAAUAAAUCUAUCAAGGCAAAAAAGGGACACAGUGGAAAUAUAGCAGAUUAUGACACCAUAGAGAAUGAGGGUAGACAAUCAAAAUCUUCAUUGAGAAGAAACCAUAAAGCCACUGCUGUUGUUAAUGACUCACAAGGUAAAAGCAAGCUUAAACAAGGAAAAAUUGAUCUGAGGAGGAAGCACUUCGCUAAUGAUGAUCCUAGUGAUGAUUGCCAGAUGUGUCAUCAAUGCAUGAAGAGUGAUAGAAAAGUUGUUCGUUGUCGCAGUGGAUGCCGCAGGCGCUAUUGUGUUCCAUGUAUUUCAAGAUGGUACCCUAACCUCACAGAGGAAACAAUAGCGGAGAAGUGUCCAUUUUGUCGAGGAAAUUGCAAUUGCAAAGAUUGUUUACGUCGUAUUACCAAGGAUUCUGUAUAUGUAGGAAUACCACAAGAUUUUAAAGAAAAGAGAAGCCAUCUUCAGUAUCUUUUAAAUGCGCUCUAUCCGUUUCUCAAAAAGUUUUAUCUUGAUCAAAUGACUGAAACGGAGAUAGAGGCCAAGAUUCAAGGGGUAUCAUUGUCUGAGAUAAAGAUAUCACAAGAAAUCUGUCACAAUGAUGAGCGUGUGUACUGUGACAAUUGCAAUACCUCCAUUGUUGAUCUCCAUAGAACCUGCCCUUCUUGUUCAUAUGAUCUCUGCCUGACCUGUUGCCAUGAAAUUCGAGACGGUUGCUUGCAAAAAGGUCAUAGAAAUGUCACACUUCAAUCUCUUGAGGAGGGAAAUCAUAUUUGUAUGAAGAUGUUUCUCACUCACUGGCAAGCAAUGACUCAGCUAGUGAGGACCAGGUUAGCAAGCUGCCAGAGUGGAACGCGGGGAAAAAUGGUGAAAUCCCUUGCCCACCAAAAGAAAGGGGAGGCUGUGGAUAUCUCAGACUGGAGCUUAAGCAUUUUUUACCUGAAAGUUGGGUUUCUGAGACAAUGAAGAGAGUAGAAAGCUUACUUGAAAUUAAUGGCUGUUCCAAUGAGCAUCAAAUUCCUAAGGAGCAGUGUCCUUGUUUCAGAGAUGAAACUGCUAAUGGUGCAAAAAAUGUUAGGAAAGCUGCCUCCAGAGAAGAUUCUAAUGACAACUGUUUGUAUUGCCCAUCAGCAAAUGACGUUCAGAAUGGUGACCUUGAGCACUUUCAGAGACAUUGGAUCAUGG